UCUUUAAAUAAAAUCACGAAUGGUAAUGUAAAAACAAAACCCGAAGAGAAAAUAAAAUUUCAAGCUGACAAAUUAAGUCAAGGUGACAAAAAAAGAGAAAAUCUUGCCGAAAGAAUCGACAUUUAUUACUUCGAUCAUGGAAAUUCUGCAUAUUAUCGAACAACAGAUUCACCACCUAUAUUAAAAACAGAAAAAUGUGCUGAAAAGACCGACCAAGCAGCAACACGUUUUUGGGCUGAAAUAUUUGGCACCAUUCAUAUAGGAACAGCAUUUAUAACAGCUUUUAUUCUACAACUGAUAAGAUUCAUAUUAUUCAGUCUUAUUCGGCCAUUGACUGUUGGUAUAUUGCAAUUAUUUGCAGAUUAUUUCGUGAAACCUCUACUUUCGAUAAUAUUUAACGCAUUGAUACAACCAAUUUUAAUACUUUUAUACAAUAUUGCAACAUCUAUCAAAGAUCUUUGUGAACCAUUGGCAGAAACUGUUGGUUUAUUUUUAAGAGAGAUAGCAAAUCUAUGUAGAUCGAUUAGGAUAAUAGAAAUAAGAUAUGAAAAUAAGGGUUCUUCUACUUGAAAGUAAGAAACAAAUUAUUGAGACGUUAUUCUAUAUACAAAUGAGGAUAAUUUGGAAGAAUUUUAUUAUGAUCAAGGAUUUAUAACAAGUUGAUCAACUGGUACGAUGAUCAUUUCAACAUGAAAAUAACAGGAUAUUGCCUUAACACCAGGUAUAUAUUUGGUAUUAUUCUCUUCAACUUUACAAUAUUCUUAUUGGUUCAUUUAUUUUUGUAUGGAACAAAUGAUCUCUUUUAUAUCUCAUCAACUAAUUUUCAUCAAUAUAAUAAUUAAUGAAUUUAUCAUCUUCUUCGUCUCUUCCUUCUCAUAUAUAUAUAUCUUAUUGUUAUUAAUAAAUUAUGUACAAUCUCACAAACAACAAACGGAGGAACCUAAUUACAUCAUUGCAGCUGUAGUUCUCACACUUCGCUAUUUACAGGUACUACUUGGUUUUUACAGAAUCGCUCCAUCUUUUCUGUGUGUAUGUAUAUAUGCGUUUGUGUAAUAAGUGUAUUUUUUCUCGUAAACUUUCUUUCAUGUAUAUUCUAUUUUUAAGAAACCAAACAAACGCCUAUCGUCACCUACUCUCAGGAACUGCAACCUCUGGCAUGCUGUGCAUUGUGAUCUAGCUGGUUGUGGUCGGAGUCUCCUGGAUGGCUAAAGUUUGCGAAGGCGUGGAUGAUGAAUCA